UGGGUGCAGAGCUGCAGCCCGCUGUGCCGGUCCCGCUGCCGCGUGGUGCCCACCCCCAGCUCCUGCCUGGACCCAGCACAGCCCUUAUGCCUGCUCCCCUCUGAGGGACACUGCCCGUGAGCGGGCCAAGGCUGUGCAGGUGGAGGCCCCUGUCCCCAGGGAGUGGGGUGAGGGGAAGGGUGACCCCAGGCACCUCCUGCCCACUCUGGGGUGAUCGGCAGAGUUGCCUCCUGCUGCUGCCACCACCACCACCGUCUGCCCCCAGCACCCUGACCGAUCCUGCAGGGCUGGAGAGGCUGAGAGAGAUGGCUGAGGGGGAAAUCACCACCUUCACCGCCCUCACCGAAACUUUCAACCUUCCCCUGGGCAACUACCAGAAACCCAAACUCCUCUACUGCAGCAACGGGGGCCACUUCCUGCGGAUCCUGCCAGACGGCAGGGUGGACGGCACCAGGGACCGCAGCGACCAGCACAUUCAGCUCCAGCUCAGCACAGAAAGCGUGGGAGAGGUGUACAUCCAGAGCACCCAGUCAGGUCACUACCUGGCCAUGGACCCCAACGGGCUGCUCUAUGGCUCGCAGUUGGUGGGUGAGGAGUGCCUGUUCCUCGAAAGGAUCGAAGAAAACCAUUACAACACGUACGUCUCCAAAAAGCACGCGGACAAGAACUGGUUUGUUGGGCUGAAGAAGAACGGGAACAGCAAGCUGGGCCCGCGGACUCACUAUGGGCAGAAGGCCAUUCUCUUCCUGCCACUGCCUGUCUCUGCUGACUGAGCCUGGCCCAGAGCUCAGAGAUGACCUGAACCCCAAAACCCAGCCCGCGCUGCCACCUUGGCCCUCCCUCUCUCUAUUUGGUAGCAUGACAGAGCCCAACGUUAGAGCUCCCAACAUUAGAGCUCCCAGCUUUAGGUAAAGGCACUGCACAAAGCUUUGCAGAUGUGAGGGGAAGGCACCCAGAAAUGUAGCCAAGGGCACCCUGAGGAUGCCCUGGGAACACACGCUUUUGCCAUCCCCAGUCAUUCUAAGGCAAAACCUCCCAGAGUAGUCUCUAUUAAUAUAUUUAUCCAUUAAAUAUAUAGCUUCUGAUAGGUGUUUCAAACAGUUUCAGGUUGCACCAUGUGUCCUGUCCCUGAGGACCAGCCCAGGUAAAUGCUUGCAGAUUAUCCUCAGUGUAGGCAGCUAAACUCAGAGCUCCAAGCCCCAGCCACCCCAGCCUUCCUUUCCAACACAAGUAUUGCUGUAUUUUGUGCUGCUAUCUGCCAUAUGUUAUUUGUAUUUAUUUAUUAAGUAAAUCUGUCUCUUCUACA